UGUUGACGCUCGUAAACUGCCGAGAGAAAGAGCUAGCAAAGACACAAACCUAUGAGCGGCCCGGCGGUGUGUGUGUGUGAGAGAGAGAGAGCUGAGGCUGGGCGCCCCGAUGCAGCUCCAGCUACGGAGUGUGUAUUGACGAAUCUGUAGUAUCAAAGUAGAAGAUAGAGCCGUUAACGAUUGUUUCUGGGAGCUGCUGUUUUUUAUCUCAGAGCACUGAAGCUGAACCGGCUGUAAUAAUAACCCUAACCCUCUGCUGCCGCCCCCAACAGCAAUGCAGUCCCAGGGCAGCACUUCCUCUCAGCCCUCCUUUGAUUCCCUGAGCUCCAGCGACAGCCUCUUGUUCAGCGACUCAGAGCAGGCGGAGGACGACGCAGAUGUCUUCCUGACGGAUGGCUCUUCCUCUGUCAUCAUCGGUGGCGUGGGCGGGGCGGCAGCCAAUGGAGACGGAGGAUCAGAGAGUCCCGGGUCCCAGUGGACGUGCGACGGCUUCACUGAUAAAGAGGAAGAGGAUGAGUCGUACAGGUCGGAGAGCGGUGGCAAGGUGGCUCACAUCGGCUUGGACGUGACGGAUUCUACUAGCCAGGCCCCAAAAACACAGGGAGAUCUGCUGUUUGCUCAAAAGUGUGCUGAGCUACAGGGUUUCGUCAGGCCACUGCUGGAGCUGCUGAAUGGACUGAAGAGGGGCCGAUUCGACCGUGGUUUGAGUAGUUUCCAGCAAAGCGUUGCUAUGGAUCGAAUCCAGAGGAUAGUGGGGGUUUUACAGAGACCUAACAGCGGGGAGAAGUACCUGAACACUCUGCUCCAGGUGGAGGUGAUGCUGAAGCUUUGGUUUCCUCAGAUCGCCGCUCACCCUGUCUCUGCAUCCUCCAGCGUCGCAGCAUCCCCUGCUCGCUCCCUCCAAGACACUUCCACCUCCACCCCACCGCACAAGCACAGGGAUCAGUUACAUAUUCCCGUCAAGAAGCGCAGACUCAGCUGGACAGGUACAGACUCUCCCACACCUUCCCCUGGGAUGGUCAAGUGCCCUCGCAUCAGUGCAGAAGAGAAGAGGAUGAAGCAAGACGAUGUCAAAAGGGAUGACCCCCCUCCUCCUCCUCCUCCUCCAUCAAUAGCAUCUGAUGCAAGCCAAAAUUUACCAGGUGUGGCUGGUAAUAGCCAGCAAAACGAGGACACUAAGGGAAAGGACAGUGACAGGGAAGAAGUAGGCAAGCUAUUAAAAUACAAAGCAGGUCAAAGCUCUGAGCCAAGCUUGACUUGGGUACAUGUUGCGCCAAUCCUGUCCCCACGAAAGGCCUGCCGUUCACAUGAAGGCACCGCGAUGGCAGGUAACAGCGAAAACCAGCCAAUCUCUGCUGCCCUCCUUGCUGGCAGGCAGGGUAGUCCAGCUACGCAAGACAGCUCCAUUUCUUCUACCACACCCUCCAAGCACCCCAAAAAUCUGAAGAAGCCCAUCCGGUGCCAAAGCCAGCCUGUUGCUGAACACCAGAGUGAGACCGUCAAGACCCAUCAGGAUCAAAAUCAAUCUCCUCGUGUCACACUCAAGCCUUUCCCGAGGGUGUGCCCCACCUCGUUGGAGACCUGAUGCACUGAACAAGGAAAGAGCCGGCAGCCUUGUUUUGUUACACCACCGGGCUAAGAGCUGCUGUGAGAGGAAGUAGGGAAGAGGCUAAAGGCCUUUGAUCUUAGAUGCAUUAAAGAGAGGAAGGGGGUGGUGAGAAUUGUAGGUGAACCAUCCACUACUCCCUCACCAAAACCAACAGUUCUUUCAAAGAAGAGGACACCAUGUCUUUAAAAGAACCAAGUCCAAUGAGAGUUGAUAAUCACAAUUACAUAAUAAUCAUAAAUAAACAUUUGCACAAAAACUUUUGUGGUUUAGGGGGAUAUGAAAGAACACCUAAAACUCACAAGUUAUUUACAUCUUUCUGAGUAAAGAUCAACAGGAGAGCUUUUGAGGAAUUUCGAGGAGCAAAUAAUUUCUCCUCAGCAUCAAAGCAAUCAAUAUACUGAGAGAUGACGGUUUUGGCAGACGUCUGACUUGAUGGGCACGCUCCAUCUGAGAAUAGAAAAGCUGAUGUCAAUAUGAGGCUUCCAUGGUUUAUUGUGAUGAGGUAAUUCUAGUUAGGAUUCAGUCCAGAGUGAGUAACCCAGCGUGAGACACGUUUGACCUUACUUUCACUUGUAGAUAGAACUGAAGCAACUGGUUGGAAGAGCAAAACGUGACACUGCAGUCACCGAAAAUCUUGUAGCUAGUGAUGUGAGUGUACAGAAUGCAGCAUUAUACUGUACAUGUGGUUUGUUAGAGUCUUUGGAGACUGUGGAAAAAAUGAUGUCAUCAACUCACGAAUGUAAUCCAAGAACCGUUUGGGUGCUUGGCGUUCUGCAGCGAGGCAUCGAGAGGAGUGACAUCAGAUUGACCAGAGGUCACAAAUAACUUAUCUUGUCAUGCUGUGGAUAAGAUGUUGUCUGCCCGGUCCUCAACGGCAAACUGAUGGAGUCAUGAAAAUCCAAGGAAGACCAGCUGGAGGACAAAAAAAAAAAGAGGACAACUCAAAGACCUCUGACUCUCGGGUCCCACAGUUAAUUUAUUCAUGUGUAGAUCGGACACUGCAUUUAUUUAUUGUUUGUAUUUAUUUAUUGGGCAGCUGAAUAUCGCCUGCUGUGCGCCUGCAUAGUUUGGCUUACAAUUUGUUUGAGGCGAUCGUGAAGAUGCUGUUGACUCUUUGUGGUUUUUAUUGCUAUCAUGAGGGGGGAAAACGAAGGAAGUGAAACCUCAUGAUCUUAUGAUUCGACUAUGGGACUACUGUGCCUUUUACCAAAUAGGAUGUGUUCAGAAAAGCAUUUGGUGCUUUCCGUGCAUUCAUACUGCGUUUUGAUUGUUUGCUCUUGUUUCACAAAACCAGUACGCAUUCAGUCACGAAAGCCUACAUGUAGUCAUUUUCAUCUCGCUUCAAAAUUUACACACAAAACCCAACAGUAUCGUCAACCAUCUAUCUGCUGCUUAAAAAGGUCCAGCUCUAGUAUUCCAACAUCUACAGCUAAUCUGCCUACAUCACUAACUUUUACACACACAAACAGCGGUGGCUACUUUUUGUCAUGUAGUAUUAAACUGUAGCCUUUCUUUGGGUUCUGAUCAGCAGAGGAACAGACUGGACUGCACUUAUAGCUGGUGCUCUUGAAAACUUGAAAAAGAAAACAGAGAAAAUAUAAAUGUCUUUUUUUGCACCACCCUCUACUGCUGCUAAUGUACUAAUUCCAGUUCCAGUCCAAUUUAGAUAUUUGAUAGGAGACUCCAUCUUUAUUUGGACAUCUGCUCCCAAUAAAUGUAGGAGGGGGGGUUUGUCGAUGUGAUUGGAUUUACCUAUACUGCAAAAAUAUUGUAAAUAUUUAGACUAAAAUAUUUUUAAAUUGGUGAGUGGUUCAUUCACUAUUUCGAUAAAUGGAGAGGGGUGGAGGUGGGGGGGUGAUAUCCCCGUACCAGACUCCCCCCAAAAGAGCACCACGUGUGAACACAGAGCCACUGGCAGCCUCCAUGUUACUGCCUCUGUCUGUGGAGGAAGGAGUGUACAAACCUUCAGCCACAGACCCAGAGCCAGGCAGCCGUACCCAAUCCCGUCUCCAGACAUGACGGUCCGUAUGUGCCAGACGCUGAUGAGAGGCUGGGGGUGUCCUCCACCCGACUCCUGUUUUUAUACGGUUGCGGUAUGACAGAGAAACCAAUUGCACUUAUUUUUCAUCGUUCAUGUCCUUUUAUUCAUGUAUGUUUUCUACUGCAGCGACCACUGCUGAUUGGUCAGAAAUUUGUCUUGUUUAUUUUAGUUGCCUUUCUCUUCUUGAACUGUACAAGCUGACUGUAGUGCCCCCCCUCCCGUCCCACCCCUCGCCUCCCCUCCCCCACUCUGCUGCAUUCGUCUGCCCUUGCCCUCUCUCCUUCAUCUCCUUCAAUCCUGUUAGUAUCUUUUCUUUCUAGAAUAAACUGUCUCUCUUUCUCUCUCACCCCAUCUUUACAUGAUAUUUCUCUUCUGGCUACUUUUUCAAUAACGAUGAAAUGGAAGAAAUCUUUUAAUAAAUGACACAUUUUUGAAAGUU